AUGCAGUCAGAGAAAUCAAACGUGCCCAGGUGGCGGCGCUUCCUGGGCGGCGGCGGCGGGCCUGCCGGUGCCAUGCCAGACGAAUCCUACGGUCCUUCCAGAUGGAGCAUGGGUGUUCUGAACGAUAAAAAGACUAUUGAAGUUCCAGGUUCCGUGCUUCUUCUGGCAUCACAUCGUAAUGAGCCUCUUGGUCUGCGGAAUGUGCACGCCAGAACCUCUCACUCAUCUAUUCCUGCUGGCUUUCCUGUUGAUACACGAAGGACAUCAGCCUCAUCAGCAGCAGCCGCUGCUGCUGCUGCCUCAGUAGUGGAGAGUCAAGCUUCCCCCGACGAGAGUGACGGCAAGAAGAAAACAAGUGAUGGGGCUAUCAUACUAGAACCACAGCCUGAAGAAUCAGGAAAUGAUCCUUUGAACUGGCCUGCUUGGAAACGAGACAUUGCUCUUUUGUCGCUUGGUUUCUACUGCAUGAUUGGCGGCGGCACAACUCCUAUUAUCGCCGCCGGCUUCACCGACGUUGCAGAGACAUACGACAUGGAUGUCGAGAGGGUCGCUUUGACCACCGGACUCUACAUGAUGGGAAUGGGCCUCGGCUCCGUUGUAUUCUCACCAACCGCUAUCCUAUGGGGUAAACGCCCAGUAUAUCUGGGCAGUGCAUUCCUGUUCAUUGGGACAUCACUCUGGGCAGCAUGGUCUCCAAGCUUUAAUUCUCUCCUCGCGGCCAGAGUCUUCCAGGGCUUUGCAGUUAGCCCUGUUGAAUGUCUUCCAUCAGCCACAAUUGCCGAAAUCUUCUUCCUCCAUGAAAGAGCCUACCGCAUUGGUAUCUAUACUCUUCUUUUGCUUGGCGGCAAGAAUCUGGUCCCCCUUGUCAGUGCCGUCAUCAUUGGCGGCCUCUCGUGGCGUUGGGUUUUCUGGAUCUUGGCCAUGAUUAUUGCCUUUGGUGCUGUACUUCUCUUCUUGUUUGUCCCGGAAACCUUUUGGGAUCGCACCCCCCACGCAAGACCUAAGCAUCCAUCCAAGCGUCCAAGUUUUCUUCGCCGGCUCUCAUCUCGACAUGCGGUUCCGCAAACUGGCGGAGAGGGGCUACUUCAGGGUGAGCCUGAAGCGCACUUCGCAGGUGCGGGCCAUGCUCAAGAUGGACGUCAAUCACCUGCUGCUCUUCAUCGAGGCCGGGAUCUCCAUGUUGGCUUUGCUGAGUCUGGCGACGCUGCUGAAGAAGCCACAGCCUCUGUGACACCAGUUUCGCCUACGGCGGUAGUCCAUCCGUCUGGUAAAAACCCAGCUGCCCCAGGGGAUGUCGACAGUACGACUGGGAGUGAGUCCAUCAGCGCGUCUUUCAAGCUAGGUCCAAACCUCGAGGACGAGAAGCUCGAUGCCUCGCGGCUCCAGGGGCCGCCCAAGAUUCAGGCUUACACACACAACCUCCGUCAGCAGCCUCCAAAGUCAUUCGUUCAACAGCUUAAGCCCUGGCAUGGAAGGCUAAACAGCGAUAGCUGGCUCAAGGUCAUGAUCCGCCCUUUCAUUCUAUUCGCAUACCCGGCGGUCCUUUGGUCAGCUGCCGUGUAUGCUUGCUCUGUGGGUUGGCUUAUCGUCAUCUCCGAAUCGAUUGCCAUGAUAUACCGCGACAAGGAUUCCUAUAAUUUCACCGCGCUCCAGACUGGCUUAGUGUAUAUCUCGCCUUUUAUCGGUGGUAUCCUGGGAACUGGCGUGGCUGGCAAGGUCAGUGACGUUAUCGUCAAGAUCAUGUCGAGGCGUAACGGUGGUCUCUACGAGCCUGAGUUCCGUCUUGUCAUGGCCCUUCCCAUCCUCAUCAGCACAUGCAUAGGCCUCAUGGGCUUUGGCUGGUCGGCAGAAGAAAAAGAUCAUUGGAUGGUCCCUACCUUCUUCUUUGGAGUUGUGUCAUUUGGGUGCUCACUUGGAUCGACUACAUCCAUCACAUUCUGUGUGGACAGCUACCGCCAAUACGCCGGAGAGGCUUUGGUGACGCUUAACUUUUCAAAGAAUAUCUUACAUGGGCUUGUUUUCAGCCUCUUCGUUACGCAUUGGUUGCAUGGCGAUGGCCCGAAGAAGGUGUAUAUCUGGAUUGGUGUAAUCCAACUGCUUCUAAUGCUAUGCACAAUUCCUAUGUACAUCUACGGCAAGAGGGCACGCAUGUGGACAGUUCGAGCAAAUUUGAUGGAGAAGUUUUGA